AUCAAACUCCCCUCGAUUUCCCCGAAAACCCCAACAAAGAGAAAAAAAGCAUCUGACAAUUCACUCAAACUUUUAAUUAAUAUUUAUAAACCCCCCCCUCUCCUUCUUUUUUUCUUUCUUCAGUCCAUCAAUUCAUUAUCGAUUUUGUUUUAUCUUUAAAAAAAAUUACGGAAGAAAAAACAAUGAAAAAGAAAAGCAAAAAAAAUUGGGUGAUUAUUAUUGUGGAAAUGAAAAGUCAGACAAGCACUGUGGGUGUUGUUCGUUCGCUUGCUGUUCUUCUUCGUGAUUUCUUCUUCUCCUUUUUUAAAUUCUUUUAAUAUAUUUACACAUUUUUUUCCUCUAAAACAAAAAGAAAAGAAAAAUGAUUCUCGGUUAUAUUAAUGAUCUUGUCGAUAUUGCUCAAUGUUUAAUGUUUAUGAUUUUUAUUUGUAAAAUCCCCAAUCACAUUCCGAGUAGUAGUAGUAGAAACCGUAGAGAAAGAGAGAGAGAAAGUUUUUUUUUUUUGGUUUUGUUUUCUUUUUGAGUUGAUUUUUAUUCUUCUUUACUUCUUCUUCUCCUUUUCGUCAAACCAAAACAAUCCAACGGUGUUUGUUCAUCAUCUCCUCAAAGAAAGAAAAGAACAAUCCUUUUCGUUUAAUCUCACAUCUUCAAUCACCACCAGUCUUCUCCUCCUCUUCUCAAGCUUCUGUUUUGAUCUUUCUGACCUAAAUUUGGGGGUAAUUGUGUAGAAAUGGAAGAUGUGUCUGAAGCAGACAAGAACAAAACACCAGAAGGUGGUGGUGCUGCUACUGAGAGUAAGAGUAAACGUAAAAUGAAAACAGCUGCUCAGCUUGAAGUUCUUGAAAACACAUACAAAGCUGAGCCGUACCCUUCGGAAGCGCUCAGAGCGGAUCUCUCAGUUCAGCUGAAUCUCUCCGACAGACAGCUACAGAUGUGGUUCUGUCACCGCCGUCUUAAAGACAGGAAAUCUUCAACUCCGACCAAACGCCAGCGUAAAGAGUCCACCACACCCUCGGCCGCUGAGUCCUCCAAACAGGCCACCGCCGCCGCCCCCGCCGUCAAUGCCGCUGAUUUGGUGGCGGGAAAUGAGCACAACUCGUUUCCUCAUGAGAUUGAUUCCAGAAGAACCGGUGGUGGUGGUGUAACGGUGGUUAGGAGGUUUAAUGAACCGUCUCCUUCUGAGGUUAGAGCCAUCGGUUACGUGGAAGCUCAAUUGGGAGAGCGUCUGAGAGACGACGGACCCAUUCUUGGAAUGGAGUUUGAUCCUUUGCCUCCUGGUGCUUUUGGGACCCCUAUAGAGAUGCCAAGCCAUCGAAAGGCAGCGACUAGGCCGGCUUAUGAGACCAACUUAUAUGUAAAGCCUGUUAAAGAUUCUGUGAGGACUAUUCGUGAGUAUCAGUUCCUUCCUGAGCAACCAUCUUCAAGGACUGAUCAUUCCGAAAGAGCUUCUCCAGCGUCUCAUCAUCAUUACGGAGUUCCACUUGAUGCUUCUUCCGUGGUUAUCAGGGCUUCUUCUGUAUCUGGUGGACAUCAUCGGGAUGACUAUAAAAGUCCACCACAGAUGAUACCAAAUUUAAACCUCUCAGCUCAUCAAGUGAAACCAGGACACGUCUCUUCGCAUCAUUUGGGUGAAUACGACUCGACGUACCAGAAAAGCUACGUGGAUCCUGCCCUACAUGGAAACGAGGAUCCUUUUGUGAAAUCCGAGAGAGAACUUGGUAAUGAUAAUGAUGAGGAUGAGGAUGGUGAUGAUGAUGAUGGUGAUGAUGUCCUCCUGCAACUCGAGAGAAAACGCAAGAGUGAAGAAGCAAGAAUAUCUCGGGAAGUGGAGGCUCAUGAGAAGAGGAUCCGAAAAGAGCUUGAGAGACAAGAUAUGCUGAGACGAAAGAGAGAGGAGCAAAUAAGGAAAGAAAUGGAGAGGCAAGACCGUGAAAGACGUAAAGAGGAAGAACGGCUUUUACGUGAAAGGCAGAGAGAGGAAGAGAGGUACCACAAAGAGCAGAUGAAGGAGAUGCAGCGAAGAGAGAAGUUCUUGAAAAAAGAAACUAUCAGGGCUGAGAAGAUGCGACAAAAAGAAGAGAUGCGUAGGGUGAAAGAGGUUGCAAGGCUGAAAGCUGCUAACGAGAGGGCAAUGGCUCGUAAGAUUGCUAAGGAAUCAAUGGAACUUAUUGAAGACGAACGCUUAGAACUCAUGGAGGUCGCUGCGUUAGCCCAAGGAUUGCCUUCAAUGCUCGCACUCGACUUUGAAACUCUGCAGAACCUCGAUGCAUAUAGAGAUAAGCAGGUGACAUUUCCCCCAACAUCUGUAAAUUUGAAAAAGCCCUUUGCUGUGAAACCAUGGAAUGGUUCUGAUGAGAAUAUUGCAAAUCUUCUUAUGGUGUGGAGAUUCUUAAUCAAUUUCGCUGAUGUUCUUGGCCUUUGGCCAUUUACUCUGGAUGAGUUUACUCAAGCAUUCCAUGACCAUGACCCACGACUCAUGGGAGAGAUACACAUUGUUCUUUUGAAGACUAUAAUCAAAGAUAUUGAAGGAGUUGCAAGAACACUCUCAGUCGGCGUUGGAGCAAACCAAAACGCUGCAGCUAAUCCCGGAGGGGGUCAUCCUCAUGUCGUAGAGGGUGCAUAUGCGUGGGGUUUUGACAUACGCAGCUGGAGGAAAAACUUGAAUGUUUUCACUUGGCCUGAGAUCUUGAGGCAACUCGCUCUCUCUGCCGGGUUGGGACCCGAACUUAAGAAACAGGACAUUAAAACCAUAUCUGUUCACGAUGAAAACGAGGCCAACAACUCUGAGAACGUGAUAUUCAACUUAAGGAUUGGAGCAGCAGCUGAGAAUGCUUUUGCCAAGAUGCAAGAAAGGGGUCUUUCUAAUCCCCGACGUUCACGUCAUCGUUUGACCCCAGGCACAGUUAAAUUCGCUGCCUUUCAUGUCCUUUCUAUUGAGGGUGAAAAAGGUUUGACUAUUCUCGAGGUUGCAGAGAAGAUUCAGAAAUCAGGAUUGAGGGAUCUAACUACGAGCAGGACACCUGAAGCCUCGGUUGCUGCUGCUUUGUCUCGAGAUACAAAACUGUUUGAGAGGGUAGCUCCUUCUACGUACUGUGUGCGUCCUUCAUAUAGAAAAGACGCAGGUGAUGCUGAGACUAUAUUCGCUGAAGCUAGGGAGAGAAUACGCAUGUUCAAAAGCGGUGUUACCGAUGUUGAUGAAGAAGCUGAGAGAGAAGAGGAUUCCGAAAGCGAUGUUGGAGAUGAUCCAGAGGUUGAUUUGAACCUCAAAAAGGAAGAUCCUGAUGCUCUGGAGAUAGGAAAGUUAACCGGUGGUGUGGAACCCUCGUUGGAAAAUGGGAAGCUGGAAACCGAACCGACUACCUCUCUCCCGGAGGAUACAAAAGCUGAGAAAAUAGAUGACAUCUUACCAGACCAAUCUCUAGAGGAUGCAGUAGCAGACGAUGGGGAACAAUGGGUGCAAGGACUAGUAGAAGGAGACUAUUCGAAUCUCAGCAUCGAGGAGCGUUUAAAUGCACUUGUUGCUCUGAUUGGUAUUGCAAUAGAAGGCAACACAAUCCGAAUCUCCCUUGAGGAACGUUUGGAAGUUGCGAGUGCGUUAAAGAAACAAAUGUGGAGUGAAGUACAACUCGACAAACGAUGGAAAGAAGAGUCUUUGAUCCGUGCGAAUUACCUUUCGUACCCAACACCGAAGCUUGGGAUUCAAGAAAGCCCAUCUGCGGAUGCGACACCAAUCUCCUCGCAGGACCCGUUGCAGUUGCAAGAGAAUAUAUCUGGAACGGAGACUUUGCAGUAUCAGCAGCAGCAGCAGCAGAGUUACACAGCGGACCGAGAAAGGCUCCGUGCAGAGUUAAAAGCGUAUGUUGGAUAUAAAGCUGAAGAGCUAUAUGUAUAUAGGUCACUUCCGCUAGGUCAAGAUCGAAGACGCAACCGUUACUGGCGGUUCUCGGCAUCCGCUUCUAGGAACGAUCCUGGUUCUGGUAGGAUAUUCGUUGAGCUUCAGGAUGGUCGGUGGAGACUCAUUGAUUCCGAAGAGGGUUUUGACUGUUUGGUGAAGUCACUAGAUGUACGUGGUGUACGCGAAUCACAUCUGCAUUUCAUGUUGCUUAAGAUCGAAGCUUCUUUUAAAGAAGCAGUGAGGAGGAAUGUGGAUACGGAGCUGUGUUCCAUUUCUACUGGCGUAGACUUGGAUUCUGAUACUGCGGAGAUCUCCUCAACGUUUAAGAUAGAGCUAGGGGAUGGUAACAGAAGCGGAGUGUUGCAACGGUUCCAGAGUUUUGAGAGAUGGAUGUGGGAUAAUGUGCUUCAUCCUGGUGCGUUAUCCGCGUUUAAGCACGGUGCUAAGAAGAGCACGCCGCUUUUCCACAUUUGCAGAAGCUGUGCGGAGUUACACUUUGCAGGAGAUGUCUGCUGCCCUGGUUGUGGUCAGAUGAUGAGUAGUGGUUUAGAUGUUAGUGAGUUGUGUUUUGCUGAUCAAGUGGCUCGACUCGGAAGAGACGCUGGAUUUAUAAUACGUGGCUCGAACCUGUCUCCUCUCAGGAUAAGACUACUCAAGAUUCAGUUAGCACUUGUUGAAGCUUCUCUUCCCCCUGAAGGACUUCAAACUCAUUGGACAGAGAGUCUUAGAAAAGCUUGGGGUCUGAAGCUGUUGUCAUCAAGUUCCCCUGAAGAACUUCAUCAGGUUCUGACGAUGUUGGAGGUGGCGGUAAAGAGAGACUUCCUGUCUUCAAACUUUGAAACAACUUGUGAACUCUUGGACUUAUCAGAAGGUCUCGUGAGAGAUGUUAAAGUACUACCGUGGAUACCGAAGACCACAGGAGGUGUAGCUUUGAGACUUUGUGAACUCGACAGCUCCAUUGCUUACACACCUGAUCAAAACAAGGAUCCCCAAAAGGACAAAGAAUCUGAAGAUUUUGUCGGUUUGGAGACGAAUUUUGUGAGGAAUGUUCAAGAAGAACAAGACGUAAUCGAGGCUACUCCGGUGCAAGUUGCAUACGCUCAAGAAGACACGGAGCCUGGUUUAGGUAGAGGUCGACCACAACGAGGACGUGGCCGGCCUCGUUCCCAGCGUGGCAAGAAACCAUCCCCGGCUUCUGGUAAACCACCGCGAGGUGCAACAAACUCAAAUGGCGAACCGAUGCUGAGGCCUAGAGCUCAACCACGUGGGGGUAGGAAGAAGGGACGACGCAGCGGCGGCACCAGAACAAGACCGACGAAAGGAACGCUCGGUAUAUCCAAUGAGGUAGUAGUAGUAGGACGUCGAGGUAAGGAAGUUGCCAAAACCGCUCUUCACGAUUGGGUCGAAACGCCUGAAGAUGAGGGGGAAGCUAGCAGCUCGGGGAGAUCGUUUCAUUAUGAUGAUGAUGAUGUCAUGGCUCCAGUUGAUGACUUUGGGGAAACGAGUAAAUUAGUAGGUAGAGGUGAGUUUAGCUUACAUAGUGAUGAUGAAUACGAAGAAGAAGAAGAAGACAUGGACACGAAAAUGAAUGUUGAUGAUGAAGAUGAAGAUUACAUAAACGAGGAUUCUGAUGGUGGUAGAGAGCAGCCGGCGGAGAUGAUAAGCAUGGAUGCGGCAGCAGCAGCUCGGAGAAGGUUUCCGUUUGAAGAUCCUGAUCUUACAUCUUCAUCUUCCUCUGAUUUUCAGUGACUAAUUAGAAACAGGAAACUACUCAACGUGUCUUUUUGUUUGUUUGUAUUCUUCACAAGGUUUCUUAGUUAAAAACAUUUAUCAUUAACCCUUUUUCAAGAAAAUGUAACAUCAGUGUGAUCUCUUCAUCUUACAAGCUUCUACGGUUAUAUCA